AUGUUCCACUUGGAGGUUAAGAUCAUCAAGGAUAAUUAUGUAACCAAGACGCACCUAGAAGAGCUAAAGAAAGAUAAAUCUUUCUUAAAAACAUCCACAUCACCAGCUCAUCAUCAUAAGGUAGGUAGAAGGUGCAGUGCAUUCUUGUUGGAUGUGGGUACUACGUUCGGCGACAGUGGGCCGAUGGGCUUGUCGCACGAGUUAUCAACAGCUGAUGUACCGUUACAAACAACUGACGUACAGACAGAGACGGAAAAGAUAGCUAUCGCACAAGUAGCUAGUCGUGCUCGUGAUAGUGUCGAUGCACUCGCACCUGUGUCAGAUAUGCAUAAGGCUGACCUCUUUACAUCUGGAGGCGUGACUGCUUAUAACGGUGCGGAUGGGCGGCAAUCAUUCAGCGCAGGAGGCGCUAAAACAACUCCAAUUCCAAUGCAGAACUCACCGAGUAAAAGCAGGAUGAAUGAUGACAAAACAAUUGUAGUGAAUAAGUUCUCUAACAAUAAUAACGCAAUAAAAGAUACAUCUUGUGAUGAUGGAUGGUGCGCCUGUGAAGAACGAGAGGAUGAUGGAAUGAUUGUGUACCAAUGGGAUAAUGAUUGGUGCGGUUGUGGAGAUGGAGAAGGUGAUGGAGUAAUUGUGUACCGAUGUGAUGAUGACUGGUGCGGUUGUGGAGAUGGAGAAGGUAGAUAUGUGGGUUCCAAAGUUAUUUGA